AUGGUUUUAGGCACAUUAAUUAAUCACACACAAGUCAAUCACAAUCAUUUCAUUUCUGUGCAUUCUCUCAACAAACCUAAAGGUAAAAAUGACUUAAAUCUUUCACAAAACAAACAUGCUCAUUCAAAUAUUACAACAGCUCACAAAUCAUUUCUUACAUUCACACUUGGUUCUUCUGCUGUUGAACAUAUAAAAAACCCUUGA